GUGACAGAAAGAGCCAUGCCGCGCCGGGGUCUAGUGGAAGGACCAGAUCUUAAAUAUUUCCAGCGGCGGUUUUUCACACCGUCCGAGGUCGCCCAACACAACCAGCUGGAGGACCUCUGGGUGUCUUACCUGGGCAGCGUGUACAACCUGACGCCGCUGGCACAGGAGUACGAGGGAGACCCGCUGUUGAAACCCAUCGUGGAAGUUGCGGGACAAGAUAUCAGCCACUGGUUUGAUCCAGAGACCAGAGACAUCCGCAAGCACGUAGAUCCGCUAACCGGCUGCCUGAAAUACCGCACCCCGUGGAGCCGUUUUCUGCAUGUACCACCUCAGCUGCCCCGAUCAGACUGGGCCAAUGAUUUCGGAAAGCCCUGGUGGCAGCGGUCGCAAUAUGAGGUGGGGCAGCUGUCAGUCAAGACACGGAGCAUCCGCAUCAUUAACACGCUCACAUCGCAAGCACACACACUGGAGGUGGGGGCUCUGGAAUCAAUGUGGGAAAUCCUACACCGCUAUCUCCCCUAUAAUGCACAUGCUGCCAGCUACACUUGGAAAUAUGAAGGGAAGAACCUGGACAUGAAUUGUACCCUGGAGGAGAAUGGGAUCCAGGAUGAUCAAGAAGAACUUAAUUAUCUAAGUAUGGAUGGCACAGUCUACACACCUGCAAUAAUGCUUUACUUCAGAGAUGAUCUCACAGAGCUAUAGAAAGGAGACAUAUGCUCAUGAGGAAUCAAGAUAUAUUUCAAGUUUGUCUAUUUUUGUGAAUAUAGGAAGAAGAUGGGGGGUAUAUCUGGACAUAGACCAUUAUCCUAUCCUAGAAAGUGUAUUUCUGAAAAAAUUAAUUACUCUGAGAAAAGUAGGGUGAAUACUAGAAAUAACCCGAUUUUUAGGAAAGAUAUAGGCAAAGAAAAUAUCUUAGGUAGCGAUAGAAGAAGAUUGUCUGGGGCCAGGUGGGGCACAGCCAGCCCCCACCUGCAUAGAGAGAGCGAGCGAGCUUCACGAGUGGUGAAGCAGGGCUGCAGGUGUCUCUCUGUCUCCCCUGACCUCUCAAUUUCUGGCUGUCUCUAUCCAAUAAGCAAAUAAAGAUAAGUUUUAAAAAGUUAGAAGAAGAUUGUCAGAUAAAACAUAGGUAGGAUUUUUUUUAUAGUAAAAUAGAAGUCUUAUACAGGGAGAGAAGAUGAAAGGUAAUGAUAGAAAUGGGAAGGCUGCAAAAAAAAAAGGGGGGGAUUUCUAGAGAUCAGAAGGAACUUGGGGCAAGGAAGACAGCAUAAUGGUUAUGCAAACAGACUUUCAUGCCUGAGGCUCCAAAGUCUCAAGUUCAACCCCACUGCACCAGUGCUCUGGUAGAAAAGAAAGAAAGAAAGAAAGAAAGAAAGAAAGAAAGAAAGAAAGAAAGAAAGAAAGAACUAGCUGAGUGUUGUUGCACUUGGUAGAGGACAUGCAUGUGCAAGGACCUGGGUUCAAGCCCCCAACCCCCAUGAAGGAGGGAGGCUUCAUGGUUGGUGAAGCAGUGCUGCAGAUCUUUCUCUUUUUCUCCCCCCCCAAAUGUUCUCUAUCUAUUAAAAAUAAAUAAAAAUGGCAGAUGAAAGUGGUGGAUUCAUUGUGCAGGCACUGAGCGCCAGCAAUAACCUUGGUGGCAAUAAAAAAAUUAAAGAAGGAACACCGGACGGUAGCGCAGUGGAUUAAACACACAUGGCACAAAGCACAAGGUUGGCUCCCCUCCUGCAGAGGGGUAGCUUCACGGGCAGUGAAGCAGGUCUGCAGGUGUCUAUCUUUGUCCCUCCUCCUCUCUCAAUUUCUCUCUGUCCUAUCCAACAACAAUGACAAUAAUAAUAACAACAAUGAUAACAAUGGCAACAAAAGGG